CCGGCUCUCACCCUGUGCCUAUUGCUGGUGGAUGGUCUCCCUCCUCUGCUGGGCAUGGGGAGCAGGCAGAAACAAUUCUUCUUCUUUCAGAAACAAUUUAGGUUGUUUCUGAAAGAAGCAGGAACUUGUCAUGAUAUUAUUGAAUAGGAGAUCCACAUGUAUGAUGCACAUAUUUUGUUGCAGUUCUGGAGGUGAUAAAUUCUGGCAGCUCCUGCCCUUCGUGUUUGCCAUUCAUGACAUCAACCAGAAUCCGAGGCUUCUGCCCAACAUCACUCUAGGCUACAACAUCUAUGAGAACUAUUUUGAAGCAAGAAUGACCUAUGAUGCCAUGGUAAACCUGCUGUCUGCUGGAGAGAAGAAUGUUCCAAACUACAGUUGUGGUGGAAGUCAUAACUUGAUGGCUGUUCUUGAAGGGGCUGACUCUGAAAUUGCUACCCACAUUUUAACUAUAUUGGGCAACUACAAAAUUCCACAGACCCUGCCUCAUUCCAGAUGUACAGAAAGCUGUCGCCCUGGAUAUGUCAAGGUGGUUAAGGAAGGAGAGCCAGUGUGCUGCUAUGACUGUACUCUAUGUACGGGAGGGACAAUCUCCACUCAGGAAGAUGCAGACCAUUGCAACAAGUGUCCAGAAGAUCAGCAUCCAAACCAGGACCAUGAUCAAUGUGUCCCUAAACUGAUAACAUUCCUGUCUUAUGAAGAGUCUUUGGGGAUCAUCCUAGCUUGCCUUGCAUUGUUCUUCUCAUUAUGCACAGCAAUUGUUUUAGGACUCUUCAGUACAUACUUAGAAACUCCAGUUGUCAAAGCCAACAAUCGUGACCUCUCCUACAUGUUCCUGGUCUCUCUCCUACUCUCCUUCUUGUCCUCCUUUCUGUUCAUUGGUCAGCCCCAGAAGGUGUCCUGCCUUCUCCGGCAAACUGCCUUUAGUAUCAUCUUCUCAUUUGCUGUCUCUUGUGUGUUGGCCAAAACCAUCACGGUGGUGGUGGCAUUCACGGUCGCAAAGCCAGGGAACAGGAUGAGGAAAUGGCUGGGGAAGAGUCUGGUCAACUCCAUUGUCUUCUCCUGUUCCAUUGUUCAAGUGGGCAUUUGUACUGCCUGGCUGGCAAUCUCUCCUCCCUUCCCUGAUGCUGACAUGCACUCCCAAGCUGGGCAGAUCACCCUGCAAUGCAAUGAAGGGUCUGUCGCAAUGUUUUACACUGCCCUUGGCUACAUGGGCUUCCUGGCCGCCAUCUCUUUCACAGUGGCUUUCCUAGCCAGGAAGCUGGCUGGAUCCUUCAAUGAGGCCAAGCUGAUCACCUUCAGCAUGUUGGUCUUUUGCAGUGUGUGGGUGUCCUUUGUGCCCACCUACCUGAGCACCAAGGGGAAAUACAUGGUGGCUGUGCAGGUCUUCUCCAUCUUGGCCUCCAGCCUGGGCUUACUGGGUUGCAUCUUUCUUCCCAAAUGCUACAUUAUUGUUCUGAGACCUGAUCUAAACACAAAGGAGCAUUUGAUGGUGAAAGCUAAACGUUAUGCCUGACAAUUCCUGUGUUCUUUUUUUUUUUUUUUUUUUGCAGUGCUGUGACCAGUACGGUUGUAAUGGACAUAUAAAAUGCCUUUGGAUAAUUUUAUGAAAGGCAGUAUAUAAAUCUA